AUGACAGAUAAACCGGAUUCAUAUGCCGGUUUUAAUGAGUACAAUCCUUUGUUAGAUACCAAUAGUUUGAAAUAUGAUACUGAAUUACAGCAAGCUGUUUUAAAAACUAGUCAUGGUCGACGAGCAGCACCGAGUAGUCAAGCUGGUCAGAAAGGUGGAUUUUUCUCAAAAAUGAAAAACGUAUUUAAUCGACCAAAAAACGCAGAUGUACCCGUAUCAGCAAGUAAUUCGACAACAGGUCGAUUAGGAACUGCAUCGCGUGCUGCUCAACAACAGCAACAAAAUACUGCUGUGGGUGCUCCACUUGGUUCAACUGCUCGUCGUCCUGUUACAGCACAAAAACGACCAACAACAGCUAUACAAGGUGCGGGUUUUAGCGCUGGACCAGGAGCAUUCGGUAGUUAUGUCGCAGUAUCAGCAGCAGGACCAAAUCCAUUCGAAAAGAAAGAAGAAAGUAAUGAAGAGAAAGCACGUAAAAUAGAAAAAAGUAUUAUUGAUCUUGUGAAUGAAAGUUGUUUAGCUUAUGAAAAAAAUGAUAGUAAAACAGCACUUGAAAAAGCUGAAGAAGCAGUAACCCUUCAUUGUGCAAAUAUGUAUACAAAAUGUGGUAUGAAUACAGAGGCAAUAAAUCAGUAUAAUAUAAUACUUAAAAAUAAAUUAAUUCCUGCACAUAGUCGAAUACGAAUAAAUAUGGGCAAUAUUUUAUUACAAUCAAAACAAUAUGUAAAAGCAUUAAAAAUGUUUCGUAUGGCACUUGAUCAAGUGUCUGAACAAAACUCGGAUUUAAAAUUAAAAAUUCGAGAAAAUAUCGCUGCUACACAUAUUAUAAUGGGUCAAUAUGGUGAAGCAGCUCAAACAUAUGAAUCUAUAGUACAAGAACGAGCAAAUUAUCGUGUUUGUUUUAAUCUUCUUCUAUGUUAUCAUACAUUAAAUCAACGUGAUAAAACACGAUCAGCAUUUACUGAUUUACUUAAAAUACCAUUUAUAAAUUCUGAAGAUGAUUAUCUUGUAUCAAUGGACAAAGAAAAUAAACAUGCUAAUCUUGUUUUAGAAGCCAUACGAGAUGAUCGUUUAAGACAAUAUGAACGCAAACGACGUCGUUUUGCUGAACAUGUUAUUAUUACAGCAGCUAAACUUAUUGGUAAUAAUUCUGAUGGUGAAUUUGUUGGUGGUUAUGAAUGGUGUAUUGAACAAGUACGAGCUUCGUCUUAUAUUGAAUUAGCAAGUGGCCUUGAAAUACAAAAAGCUAUUGCUUAUUUACGUGAAGACAAUUUUGUGAAGGCUAUUGCCACGCUUAAAGAGUUUGAAAAAGCUGAAGCUAAAUUAGCUAGUGCAGCUGCAACUAAUUUAUCAUUUUUAUAUUUUUUGGAAAAAGAUUUAAAUAAUGCACAUAAAUAUGCUGAUUUAGCUUUAAAAUCGGACAAAUUUAAUCCAGCUUCUUUAACAAACAAAGGUAAUUGUUGUUAUGCUCAAGAAGAUUAUGAUAAAGCACAAUAUUAUUAUGAAGAAGCAUUGAAUAUUGAUGCUGGUUCUGUUGAAGCUCUUCAUAAUCUUAUUCUUACGUUAAUAAAAUCACGUCAAUUUCAACGUGUCAAAGAUUAUCUACAUAAGUAUACAAUAAUUCAGCCUGACAAUAGUCAAGUUUUUUGUUUAAUGGCACAAGUAUUACAACAAACAAACGAUAUUGAUCAAGCAAAAAGUUGGUAUUUACAAGCAUUAAGUAUACAUCGAACGGAUGGUUAUUUACAUCGACGAAUAGGUGAAUUAAUUGAUGGACAAAGUAAUAAAUCAGAUGCCUUACAAUAUUAUUUCGAUGCUUAUCGACAUAAUCCAUGUGAUAUAAAAACCUUAGAAUGGCUUGCAUCUUAUUAUAUUGAAACACAAUAUCCUGAAAAAGCAGUCGAAUUUUGCCAACAAGCCGCCUUAGUCAGACCAGGUGAAAUUAAGUGGCAUUUAAUGGUAGCAUCAUGCUAUCGUCGUGCUGGUGAUUAUACAGCUGCCUUAGAAAAAUACAAAUGGAUUCAUCAACAUUUUCCCGAAGAUACCGAUUGUAUUCAAUUUUUAAUUAAAAUUUCUACUGAUCUUGGUUUACAUGACCGUGAAAUGUAUGAAAAUGAAUUAAAGAAAGUAAAUAAACUCAAAGAAAUACAACAACAGCGUAAAACAAGUGCAGAUAAAAGUCAAAAUAUGAUUAAAGGUCGAAAAGUAACAUCUACUGAACGUGAUGUUUCUUCAAACAAUCGAAAUCAGCAAAUAGAUGAUCAUAGAAAAAGAAUACCUAUUGACCUCGACAAUACAGAAGGUGUUUUUUCUCAACAAGAACUUAUUACAACUCAUCCGUAUGUUGAGCAAUUUCCUGAACAUAUGAAAAAUGAACGACCAAAAACUGCGAUCAGUAAAAAAGAAGCAAAUACAAUUAUUUUCGAUGACAAUGACGAUGCAGCUGAACUAUUACCCGAUUAA